CGCCGGGCAGCCGGCGCAGGAGUCGGUGCAGCCUAGGCUCUUCCCCCCCCUGCGUCUGGCUCAGUGGUAGAGGCCGUGAUCGCUCCUGUUCGUCAGCGUUGCCGUUGCCUCAGUUGGAGCUCGCCGCCGCCGCCGUUUCUGGGCGCCCCGUGAUCCCUCUGAUAGUGUAUGAGUGAUCUAUAACCCUGAGCCUAUCAUGUCCACUCCGGCCCGUAGGCGCCUCAUGCGGGACUUCAAGAGGCUGCAGGAGGAUCCCCCGGCCGGGGUGAGCGGAGCCCCCUCCGAGAACAACAUUAUGGUAUGGAACGCCGUCAUCUUCGGGCCCGAGGGGACCCCUUUCGAGGACGGAACUUUCAAACUUACAAUAGAAUUCACAGAAGAAUAUCCGAAUAAGCCACCUACUGUUAGAUUUGUCUCUAAAAUGUUUCAUCCAAAUGUCUAUGCAGAUGGUAGUAUAUGUCUGGAUAUUCUUCAGAAUCGUUGGAGUCCUACUUACGAUGUCUCCUCCAUCCUAACAUCCAUACAGUCUCUAUUGGAUGAGCCAAACCCUAACAGCCCAGCAAACAGCCAGGCAGCUCAGCUAUACCAAGAGAAUAAGCGGGAAUAUGAAAAACGGGUUUCUGCAAUAGUAGAACAGAGCUGGCGUGACUGUUGACCCAGGAUGAUGCAAAUGAACACUCUGUUGAUGAGGAAAAUAAACAAAGUGUCCGAGUCAUCUUUUUCCUCCUAGCAUUUACUUUGAAAGCAGAAUAGCUGUUGUGCUGUUGCCACCCUCCCUUGCUGAAGCUUCUUCUCCUUGGACAUCAGAAAGCACCCACUUUGAAGUCAAAUGUUCUGUACUUGGGUUACUUGCAAAAGAGUUACUGAUGCUGAAAUUCAUUUUCUGUGGUCCCUCUCCAGUCUUAGGGCAGUAUUGUGCAUUUCUGUAGUGUACACUAAGCUUUUAAUUGUAAUUGUGUUAUACACAGUGAUGCUUAUGUGUAGCUUGAUAAAAGGGAUGUUUAUAUACAUACACAUUUUUUAACUGAUAUUAUCUAAAGUGCUGAUGUUUCCAGGCUGGUCAUUUACCUCUACUAUUGGUUUAGACCCCACUGCAUUUGUAAGUACUAAGUGAAGAAAACCUCAUUGCCCUUUUGUAUUGGUUUAUCCACUGCUUACACGUGAGAAAAAAAACAAAC